AUGUCUGGUCGACGAAACAGCUUCUUCCAGUCCAGCGCCACCAAGUACGGCUUCGCGCCUGAAGCCUUUGAUCCCGGCAGCGUGCCGGGCAUAGCGGACGACUUUUCGGACCCGGAGGGCAUCGAGGCCUUUGCGAAUGCCCUACAGGCCCCCGAAUUCCACUCCGCUGCCGACGAGCUGUCGUCGCCGAGCUCAGCGAGUUUCACAACCAUCCGCAGCCCUCGGCUCAUCUCCGAAGACCCCCACGAUGAGACGAACACUCUCGCCUCAGCAUCUGGCAAUGCCGAUUGGGUCAUUGCCGCCAAGGAGCUAGACAGCUUCCUCGGCCGACAGGACUGGAAGGAGGAAAACGAAUAUGCCUACUACGACUCGAAAACGAUCAGGCGCGUAUGGGAUCACAUGAGAAAACUAAGGCACAAAGCGGAAAGCCUCGAGAAAUCCAAGAACAAUGAAACGGGCAAAGCGAAACCUGUGGAAGAACUAAGGGUUUUAGCCGAGGCCUGCAUCAAGAGCAACUUUGUCGGCGUUGAAGGCCCUAGGCUUUACAGCCAGACGUAUUACGGUACCAAAAACCUGGUACAAAAUUAUAUCGAUGAGUCGGAGAAGACGAUCAAGUUCCUGAUGAACACCAAACAGCUCCCGAAUGACGAGCGACGGGUCUUGUUCAAGCACAUGCACGCCAAUUUUGGUCGCACCGCCCUCUGCCUAUCCGGAGGGGCGACCUUUGCCUACUAUCACUUUGGGGUCGUCCGGGCUCUCCUGGACGCUGACCUUUGCCAGAGGUGA